AUGCGAUAUUCAAUCCGCCGCUCGACUACACCUUCUCCCAAGAAUGGAAAGAUGACCUCAAAGUCAAACACACCCCCUCCCGGCGCAACCAAGAAUAAUCACAACCACAAUCACCACCACGGCAACAACAUGAUGAACGGCUACUUUGGCCAGACCGCCUCUUUCCUGACCUCGGCUGCAGGCUACAUGCGUCUGCCAGCUCUGGCCUCAACAACACUGACCGCGAACCUCGACUCACAGGGCAUUGCGGCUAUCCUCACGUCCCUCCUCUACUUCAAACAAAAGGCGCUCAUCUAUCCCUCUCAUAUGCCGACAAACUCACGAACCGACAUCCCGCGUCCUACACAGUUCGGAAUCAAAGACUUUGAAGAGCUGGUCAUCCCCACCGACGAUGGCGAGAAGCUGUCGGCCUACUACAUUCGCGGCCCCCGUGGCGGCAAGAAUUCGGACAUCACAAUCAUGAUGUUCCACGGCAAUGCAGGCAAUAUCGGUCACCGCCUGCCCAUCGCCCGCGUCCUCAUCAACAUGAUUGGCUGCAACGUCUUUAUGCUGGAGUAUCGAGGCUACGGCGCAUCCACCGGCGAACCAGACGAGUCGGGCCUGGGGAUCGAUGCCCAGACCGGACUCAACUACCUGCGCGAGCGAGCGGAAACGAGGCAUCACAGGUUCAUUAUUUACGGCCAGAGUCUCGGUGGAGCCGUCAGCAUCAAGCUAGUGGCCAAGAACCAAGAACGGGGCGACAUUGCGGGUCUCAUCUUGGAGAAUACUUUUCUCUCCAUGCGCAAGCUGAUUCCUUCCGUUCUUCCACCUGCCAAAUACUUCACGCUGCUGUGCCACCAGGUCUGGCCCAGCGAGGCAACCUUGCCGUCCAUCACCAAGGUGCCCAUCUUGUUCCUUAGCGGUUUACAAGAUGAGAUUGUUCCACCUAGUCAUAUGACCCAGCUUUUCAACGUCUCCACCUCUUUCAGCAAGACGUGGAAGACCUUCCCGGGUGGCGAUCACAACUCGAGCGUGCUAGAGGAGGGCUACUUCGAAGCCAUCUCAGAUUUUAUAGCCGACUCCAUAAAUGAUGCACCCGUCACGGAAGCCAAAAGCCAGUUAUAA